GUCCCUUCCACCUCGGUUACUUCGUUCACUGGUUCACCAAGUAGAGACCUCGCGGCAGGCCGGCCCGGUCGUGUUCUCUUCGCCUCCGCGAUUCUGUUCCGACGAGCGGGAUAAGAAUAAAAAUAUUUUUGUGCAAUAGCGCGGCUCCCGUCGCGUCGUGGCCCGACCCGGCACGCGAGGUGUGCGCGCGCGAGGGUGUCGACGGUAAAUCGCGGGAAUCGUAUUCGCGAUCGUCGAAGAUGCGUCGAGGUGAUCGGGGCUCGUGCGUGUCUCUGGUUUGUUGAUUUUAUGCUACCGCAAAAAGUAUCAUGGCGUCCAAGGGCCAUGUGGACAACACGGUGAACGAACGUCGCCUGCGACCGAUUUACGACUGGCUGGACAAUGGGAAUAACAAGAAGGCCCUCCAGGAGGCGGACAAGGUGCUCAAGAAGCACCCGACCAACCAAUGCGCCAGGGUGCUCAAGGCCCUGGCCCUGCUGCGUAUGGGCAAGGAGAAUGAAUGUCAGGUCAUUAUGGACAAGGUGCGCUCCGAGGUGCCCUGCGAGGACUCCACUCUGCAGGCGAUGAGCAUCUGUUACAGAGAGAUACAUCAACCGGACAAAGUCAGCGAGCUCUACGAAGCUGCUGCGAAGGCUGAUCCAAACAACGAAGAGCUCCUAACGCACCUCUUCAUGUCGUACGUGCGACUUGGCCAUUAUAAGAAACAACAGCAAACCGCUCUUAACUUGUAUAAACUUACUCGGAAAAAUCCAUAUUAUUUCUGGAGUGUUAUGAGUAUAGUGAUGCAAGCUAUUCAUCAUUCUGAUCAGAAGCUGGCGAAAGGAGUUAUCUUGCCUUUGGCAGAAAGAAUGGUCCUAAAACUAGUAAGGGAGGGAAAAAUAGAAGCGGAACAGGAAGUGCAACUUUAUCUGAUGAUAUUGGAAUUGCAGGACAAGAAUGAGGAAAUAUUAAAUGUACUGUCUAGUCCUUUAGCUUCAUAUGUCUCAUAUGUACCUCAUCGAAAGGCUACUUGUUUAUUGAAGCUAGAAUGUUUUCCUGAAGCGGCUAACGCAUAUCGCGCACUUAUUGAAGAGAACAUUGAUAAUUGGGCAUUUUAUCAAAAUUAUCUUUCGGCGGCUUUAAAGUUUCAACGUCUGACAGAAUGUUUGGACUUUUUCAACCAUAUUAUCAAUAUGUCAGAGAAGAAAAUUCGCGCGCCGUAUUUGGCCCGUCUAGAAUUAUUAAAACGAUGCCAGACCGAGGAUCUACAAUAUAGUAUGACCGCCAUGAAUUUUAUGCAUCAAUACUUUUCUCAAUUUGGAGAGAAAGGAUGUGUGGUUGGAGAUUUGCGAUUGUAUCUAAAUCUACUUACACCCAAGUCGAAGGUAGAAUUAUUUGAAAAGAUUGAGGAAGAUAUUGGUGUCGCGCCGAAUGAGUUUCCAACUACAGUACAACAAAUGCAAAGGCACAUACAUUUGGAGCAAUUGCGGCGUAUUUGUGGCUUCCACCAUUCUCCCUUAGCAGACAGAGACAAACAGGAGCAAUUGAUGAAGCGACUGUGCGAUUUGUACGAAAAAGGCAACGAAUUGUGUCCAAUGCAGGAUAGAUUGCCAACUGAUUUCUGCCCGGCGGAUCCAUAUAUCCUAUUGGCCACGCAUUUGUUGCACCAAUUGUGGAUCGACACUAGUGACGCGUCUUUUCUUUAUAGGGCAAUGUCAUUAUUGGAACACGGUCUUCUAUCGAGUCCUGUAAAUUUUCACAUCAAAAUUUUGCUUGUGCGUAUUUAUUUGGAAGCUGGUCUAGUGGUCGCGGCUGAUCAUGCGUUCGCAUUGCUCGAUGUAAAACACCUUCAACUAGACUCACUGGGUCAUCUCCACGCGCCACUUCUCGCGCCUCUCGGUAACUUGCCUCUGGCCUCGACAACUCUUGAUCAUACAGUGAAAUUUUUCAUAGCCAACUAUAAGGAUAGCGCGGAUCACUUAACACUCGCUUACAAAUACGGCAGUUUUAUAAAAAUUCAAGAUUUUGUGGAGUUGAGAGAACGCCUAGAAAAUUCGUUUCACUUCGCUAUGACAACUGUGGAUAAAAUGCUGCUCGAUUUGUGUUGGUGCGACAGCACUGCUUCUUUAUUCUCUACUUUGAACAAUAUGCAUAUUCAACCUCAUCUCGAUUCCAUUAGAUGGGCACAUUUGCGAGAUAAUCGUGAUUUGGUGGUCGUUCGCGGAUGGGAACCAAUUAAUCAAAGCGAGGAGGAUCCGAGAAUGCAGGAAGAGACACGCAUGUGUAUGUUAAAAUUACUCUCGGCGAGAAAUGCCAUAUUGCGCAUCCUGGCGGCGAGUGUCGCAUCGUCUUCUAUGUAUCUUUCUCAAUUGUCCGCUGAGCUUAAGGAGCUAGCGGAAGAAAGUGUACCGAGUAUAUUGCAAAAAUUUGACACGGAUGGAAAACGGAACAGACCAUGUAAAAUAUUGGUUCCGCUUGAUGCUGUCGAACGAUUACGCGAAGCUUAUCAUUCUGAGCAAUUAAGGACUAUAGCGUGCCUUGCAAAAUCACUCACUCACUCUCAUUGUCCGGACUACGAUUGCAUACAGAUGCUGCGAACGACCCCUUGCUUGCAGACGUUACCUAUCCCUGAACGAGAUGUGCCGGUGUCCUUCAAAAACUUCUUACUCAGAGCCUCAACUUGUAGCGAAUCUUUAGCGAUUAUUAGCGCUAUAUGUAGCGCAUGUGCGACACAAUCGGAACCACGCGCAGAAUCGCAAAAGAAAAAUAAGAAGAAGUAUAAUAAGAAAAUUGUGUCAAACAUGAUAAACGAGACCAAUGAGACCAAGACUUGGAGAGAAGUAGCUGUAUUACUAUCAGAAAGAGUGGAAAAUUUAGAUGCGGUCCUAACAGAAUUCGAAAAAUACGAGUUACACACGGGAUUGGAUGAGAAAGACGAUGUAUGUGCCACCAUUACGAAUCGCGGGCAAGCGAGUCUCCGGCAGAGUUGCAGAUCCCUCAAAUCACGCACCCAGUCCAUAUUAAGGCUUUUAAGUAAUUUAAAGAGCUGAAACUGUUCGACAGUAUUUGUACAAAGAACAUCUAUAUCCGUCUACUUUUCAUAAUUUUCAAAAAAUAACUUGAGAGUUCUGUACAUAAUUCUUAGCCCCAAUUCAAUUAUAAAUGAAUGAAUGAAUGGUUUAAUGCUGAUUAAAAUACCUGAGCCUAUACCUUCAUUUUUAUGAAAAAUACUGUGCAGUCAUUUCAAUACACUGCCAUUUGAUCAGCUUACUGAUGAUACAUUAUUGAAAUCAAGGAACAAAUGUAAAAAUUGAAACGAUAAUAAUACUUCUAAAAUUUCUAAAAUUUUUAGAAUUAAAGAAGGCAUUAAAUUUAUCGAUUUAUAACACGGUCUAUCUACUUCUAUGUGCCAUUUUUUUUUCCUUAAAAAAAUAAAGUUAUUUUAUAUAUUAUAUAUCGCAAAAAGUCUGUCGUUUCGCGCAUAGAUCAACAUCGUGUAUUUUAUGCAUUAUUUUCGUAGACAUUUUAAGGAAUGAUGCUCAUGAAUAGCAUUUAAUUAUAUUUUGUAACAAUCUGUGACAUACAUAUUGUUUCUUUUCCAUAAUUAUAUAUAUUAAUAAAUUUAUUAUUAGGUAAUUGGUUAUCAAUUGUUAAAUAAUCCGAUAAAAUCGGUAAAAAAUGAUAAAUUGCUUGGAAAGUGGAAAGGAAUAAAUUGCUAAUACGAGUGCAGAAAGUUACGUAUUUAUUUUACUUGCGUAAUUAUUUCAGUUAAAGUAUAAAAAAAAUAAUAUACUGUCGAUUGUAUCGUUAAUGUGUACAUUGAUAAACAUACAUCAAUUUUU